AUGCCCACCCACAGUGUGGGCCUCUCCUAUGUCCUCUCCUAUGUCCACAACUUGUAUGUAUACAGAACGGCUUCGCCCUCUAAGGCUAUCGGUAUUGAAUUAGAGGCGAAGCAGGAGGUCAACGCCUCACUGGGCCAUGCGCUACCACCAAGCACAGACCCACCAGACCAGAGCAAACAUGAUAAACCACCCAGUCCCCCGCAGCAUUCGUGGUGGCAUACGCGCAACCACGAUGGCGCAACAUGGGGGAGAUUGAACAGCGUGGAUGCAGGUCCCGUGUAUGACCCCUUCAAUAAAUAUCCGCCUCCUUCUUGUCUCAGCCAAACAGUGAUGAUCGCAUGCAUCAGCCCGUCUGACCGUGACUUCAUGGAGACUCUGAACACAUUAAAGUACGCCAACCGAGCCCGGAACAUCAAGAACAAGGUGAUGGUGAACCAGGACAAAGCCAGCCAGCAGAUCAGCGCUCUGAGGACAGAGAUUGCUCGACUGCAGAUGGAGCUGAUGGAGUACAAGACGGGUAAACGCAUGUCGGGUGAGGAUGGUGUUGAGAGCUUUAGCGACAUGUUCCACGAGAACUCCAUGCUGCUGACAGAGAACAGCAACCUGAGGGUGAGAGUGAAGGCCAUGCAAGAGACCAUUGAUGCCCAGAGGGCACGGCUCACCCAGCUGCUCAGUGACCAGGCCAACCAGACCCUCGCCAGGGCAGGUGAAGGCGGAACUGAAGAAAUUGGAAACAUGAUUCAGAGUUACAUCAAAGAGAUUGAAGACCUCAGGGCCAAACUCCUGGAAAGCGAGGCUGUGAAUGAGCAUUUGAGGAAGAAUCUGUCUCGUGCCUCCAAUCGUCAGUCGUUCUACGGAGGGACCGGCUCCUUCUCCUCCACGGUGCUGGCCCCUGAGAAGGAGACUUCUGACAUCAUUGAACUUGCCAAGAAAGACCUGGAGAAACUAAAGAAACGAGAAAAAAGAAAAAGAAAAGGUAAUAAGACUGAUGUAGACAUACUGUCAUUUGUCACUGAUCUAGAAUUGUUUUUUUCUGAGAGAGAGAGGGAGGAAAGGGAGGAGGUGGUGGUGGUGGUGGUGGAAGAGGUUGAGGAUGCCAGUGCCACCAAGGAUGAAGUUCCUGACAAUGAUCAAGAAAAGGGCACCGAGAAGGAAAUGACAGAAAGGGUCAAUGAGGAUGCAGAAAUGGAGGUCCAGGAAGGCAGCGACCAUGAGGAAGGAGAAGGAGAAGAGGAAGAAGAGGAGGAUGAAGAAGAGAUGGAUGUGGAAGAGAGCUCAGAAGAUUCUGACUCGGAGUCAGAUGAAAAAGAGAACUUCCAGGCCGAUCUGGCCAACAUCACCUGUGAGAUCGCCAUCAAGCAGAAGCUGAUCGACGAGCUGGAGAACAGCCAGCGGCGUCUGCACACACUCAAACAGCAGUACGAACAGAAGCUGAUGAUGCUGCAGUGCAAGAUCAGGGACACCCAGCUGGAGAGGGACCGUGUCCUCCAUAACAUGACAUCAGUAGAAAGCGGCACAGAGGACAAGGCUCGCAAGAUCAAGGCUGAAUAUGAAAAGAAGCUGAGCGUCAUGAACAAAGAGCUUCAGAAGCUACACUCUGCUCAGAAGGAGCACGCCCGACUCCUGAAGAACCAGUCACAGUACGAGAAACAGCUGAAGAAGCUUCAGCUGGAUGUGGCGGAAAUGAAGAAGACAAAGGUCCGUCUCAUGAAGCAGAUGAAGGAGCAGCAGGAGAGGAACAGGAUGAACGAGUCUCGCAGAAACCGAGAAAUUGCUUCAUUAAAGAAAGACCAGCGCAAGCAAGAGCACCAACUAAAGUUACUGGAGGCUCAGAAAAGGCAACAGGAGCUGAUUCUGAGGAGAAAGACCGAGGAGGUGACGGCUCUGAGGAGGCAAGCCAGGCCCACCUCAGGUAAGGUCAUCAGGAAAGUCAAUCUCCCAGAAACAGUCCAGGACUCCCCCCACAGACCGCCAUCUGGACGCAUGUACUCGUCCGGCAACGCUGCUCCCAACGGCACUCGGUCUUCCUACAGGCGCACAGUGGGUGUUUACUCCACCAGAGUCGCCCGCAAUAAAUGGCAGUCUCUGGAGCGACGGAUCUCUGACGUCAUCAUGCAGAGGAUGACCAUUUCCAACAUGGAGGCUGACAUGAACCGCCUCCUCAAGCAACGAGAGGAGCUGACCAAGCGCAAAGAGAAGGUCAUCAGGAAGAGGGACAGGGUGCUCAGGGAGGGGCCAGAGGCAGAGAAGGCAGUGCUUCCCCUAAACGAGGAAGUGGAUGCUUUGACGGCCAACAUUGACUACAUCAAUGACAGCAUCGCAGACUGUCAGGCCAACAUCAUGCAGAUGGAGGAAACCAAGGAGGAAGGCGACACAGUGGACAUCUCUGCUGUUGUUGGUUCCUGUACCCUGACAGAAGCUCGUUUUCUAUUGGAUCACUUCAUGUCAAUGGCUAUCAACAAGGGUCUCCAGGCAGCACAGAAGGAGUCUCAGGUGAAGGUGAUGGAGGGCAGGCUGAAGCAGACCGAGAUCACCAGCGCCACACAGAACCAGUUGCUCUUUCACAUGCUGAAGGAGAAGGCCGAGUUUAACCCAGAGCUUGACGCGCUGCUGGGGAAUGCACUGCAAGAGCUAGGUAACAUCCCGGCUGAAAAUGGGGAUGAUAGCAGCAGUGAUGAGUCUGCCCAGAGCCCUUCUGCAGAGGGAAACACCUUGGCAUCAGAUCUCAUGAAACUCUGUGGUGACACCAAAACGAGAAAUAAGGCUCGUAGAAGAACCACCACUCAGAUGGAGCUGCUGUACGCAAACAGUGACUCCGCCCCCGACGCACCCACUGCAGACUUCUCCAGUCCGAUGCUGCCCUUAGCUGAAACACCAGAUGGGGGAGGAGACAUGGACUCAUCAGGCUCAUCAGUCAGGGACUACACAGCUCUCUCCCCCGGCUUUUCCUCUAAAAUGGGCAGCAUUUCUGGCUCCAGAACUUCAUCUGGGGUGGAAAAGCGAGCGCCGGAGCCCUCCCCGCUCUCUCGCAGGAAGACCUACGACAAGGCACACGCAGCUGCCGACAGGGCAAAAGUCAAGGAGAUUAAACAGGGCGUCAUUAACCCGGUGCCAGCUACUAAGAGCAGUCGGCAGGCGACAUUACAGUGUGUCCAUGUGGCAGAGGGCCACAGUAAAGCUGUUCUCUGUGUCGACUGCACUGAUGACCUUCUCUUCACCGGAUCCAAAGACCGGACCUGUAAGGUGUGGAAUCUGGUGACGGGUCAGGAGAUAAUGUCCCUGGCUGGUCACCCGAACAACGUGGUGUCAGUCCGCUACAGCUCCAGUUUGGUUUUCACCGUCUCCACCUCCUCUAUCAAAGUCUGGGACAUCCGGGACUCAGCCAAGUGCAUCCGAACACUAACGUCGUCUGGUCAGGUUAGUGUUGGGGAAGUCUGUGCGUCUAACACCAGCCGAACGGUCACCAUCCCAGCAGGAGAGAAUCAGAUCAACCAGAUCGCUCUCAACCCUAACGGGACGGUCCUGUACGCUGCCGCCGGAAACUCAGUCAGAGUCUGGGAUCUACGAAGAUUUGCAUCCACAGGGAAACUUACUGGUCACCUCGGUCCAGUGAUGUGCCUGACUGUGGAUCGGUCUGGAAACAACCAAGACCUGGUGAUCACUGGGUCCAAGGACCACUACAUCAAGCUGUUUGAUGUGACUGAAGGCUCUCUGGGGAGCAUCAGCCCAACACACAACUUUGAACCUCCCCAUUACGAUGGAAUCGAGUCACUGGUGGUCCAGGGGGACAUUUUCUUCAGCGGCUCUCGAGACAACGGUAUCAAGAAGUGGGACCUGGAUCGCAAAGACCUGCUGCAGCAAGUCCCGAACGCCCACCGUGACUGGGUGUGUGCGCUGGGUGUUGUCCCUGGGUCCCCAGCCCUGCUGAGCGGCUGCAGAGGUGGGGUGCUCAAGCUGUGGCACACAGACACUCUGGGGACUCUGGGGGAGCUGAAGGGUCACGAGAGCCCCAUCAACAGCAUCUCUACCAACAGCAGCCACCUGUUCACCGCCUCAGAUGACCGGACUGUGAAGAUCUGGCGUGCACGUGGUGGACUGGACAGCACCAUAGAGGUGGUUGACAAUGCGGACGAGGUGGCCAGUAACUGAACACAGCGCCACCUGCCGGGUUUGAUUCUGGAAGGAUAUUAACAGCAUCUUUUGAUGCUGCUGCCCUGCACUUUGACUCCUAACUUAUCAAGCCCAAUGCUGACUCCUAAAACGCGUACCUUCUAUGCCAUGUAACCUGUAUGACUGACCCAGCAGGACAUUAAACAUUAAACUAGCAUAAUAAUUAUUUUUCUUAGACUCUGUAUGCUCAGAGGGUCGUGGUAAUCAGUUGCCGUUCACCAUAGUGUUAAUGACUCUUUGCAGCAUAAACUCAUCUUUAUGUCUUUUGCGCUGUAGACAAUAUGUCACUGUGGAUCAUGAUAAGAACUUUUAUUCACAAGACAUUUAAGAGUUGAACCCGACAAACACACUAUCAAUAUCUAUGCUGCUCAGCUCUGUUUAGCGCUGUAGCAGGAUAAAGUACACCUGCAGACACACUGUUACCCCGGAAAAGGGUAGCAGUGUGUUUUGUUAGAUUAGGGAAAAAUAGGGAGUAAGUGUUAGAGGAGAAAAAGGUGACAGAGCUAACGGGUUGGUAGCUGGUCUUCGCAACCCAGUUCUCUGGUUUCUUGGGAUUGUUGCACUCGAAGCAGAACCAAUGUCCCUGUGCUCCCUUUCUCCACCAUAUAACACAAGUGGCUUUACUGUAUGUGAAAAAGACAAAUCACCGUUCCCCUUAACUUUCCUCUCCUGCUUUUGUGCUGCUCAAUUUCUGCAGCUGUUUAAGAUCAGCGACCAAAAUUGUGAAAACUUGUCGUCUUUGCUGUCCUGCACUGCACUCGUGAACAGAACACACUGAACAUUAACAGUCCCACUUAAAGCAAAGAUUUGACAUUUUGGGAAAUACACCUAUUUGCUUAAUUGAUGUGAGUUUGACGAUACACAUCAGACUGUUAAAUAUAAGGCUGCAAUCAGCAGCUGGUUAGCUUAGCUAAGCAUAGAGUGUGGAAACGUGGAAACGGCUAGCUUGGUUCUUCCAACACAUUUGACCAACAGCACCUCUAGAGCUCACUAAUGAUUGUUUGAUCUGUGCAGAUGACAAAUGACAAUUUCUGGAUUAAACAAACAAAAUAAGGAGGUGCUGCUAGGCAGAUUUUGUUACCUUCAGCCAGAAACAGGCUAGUUGUUUCCCAUUUGCUUCCAGUCUUUAAGCUAAGCUAAGCUAAGCUGACUGACUGCUGGCAGAAAGCAAAUAAGCGUAAUUCCCAAAAUGUCAAACUAUUCCUUUAACUCUUGCGCACUUGUGAAAACCGACAUAAUUAGUCUUUGAGAUACAAUUAAUCCUUCUUAAAUGUGAGCAGGUUCAAUGUUUGAGGAUAUUCUACACUUGUUGUCUAUGUUAUUUCAUCCUAUGUAAAAACGUAUGCUCACUCUUCACAUUGCAGUUAGCACUCACUGAACCUACACUACUGACUUGUCGUCUAACACCCAUGCUGCGCUCACCUUCUUCAACCCUAUGAGAGGGCUUCUUUUCAUGGACUCCGGGUGAAGUCCGCUCAGUACCGAGCAAUGUGUAUAUAUAUGUAAUAGUAUCUUUUUGUUUUUGGAGAGGAGAGGCCUUCAGACUCUGCCAGUGUUGUAAGCCCAGCCAUGUUGACCGAUGUCUGUCUCCCAGUUCAGAUCCUUGUGGGGACUUCCUGGAGACACUUGUGGUCUCCCUGAUGUAACUGAUCUGUUUAUUGCGAUUGUGUGCUGUCACUUAUGAAUGUUCAGUGAAACAGCAGUUGUAGGCAUUAUUGGGGUACAUAUCUAGUGUAUGUAAACAAUGUAUUUUUAAAAAAAAAAAUCUGACUGAAUGUUAGUUUUGUGGGACCACCGAUCUGAACGCAGUCUCACACGAGAACCGAGAGGUGCUUUAAAAAAGUGGACGGACCUUUUCCUCCAGUGAGGUGGCAGAUUAUGUUUAGUGGCCUACGGUUAGUUAUGUCCCCCACCCUCUCUGUUUUGUUUGUUAUGCUGUCCCUGUUCCACAUAUCCUGGGAAUUUCCCCUCUGGAGUUUUAGUAGCCAUUCUCAAUUGACAGACUCUGUAGCGAUUCUAAUGUCAGAUGCCUGGUGAGAAUAAAUGUCAUCUGUCAAAAACAA